CACUUCACAUUUUGUACUGAAAUCAGGUCACUCAUUCUCACUAACAUGCGCCUGGGUUGUCUUCGCCGGUAUCCGGCGCUCCUCCCCCUCACCCUUGUAACCACACUCUUCUUUAUCAGCCCGGUGAUCGGGUGGCGCCCAUGGCCUCACAACAAGACCAACGCCCAUGAUUUAGUCUUCGGAGACUCCAAAAAGUUCGAGGGCUCAUCCGAGUUCGUCCGCUUAAAGUACCACAUGGGACCGGUGCUCACCGCCAACAUUACCGUCCACACAAUCUGGUAUGGCACUUGGGAGAGGAACCAGAAGAAGAUCAUCCGCGAGUUCAUCAACUCCAUCUCUGCCGUCGAUUCCAAGCACCCCUCAGUCUCCGGCUGGUGGAAGACGGUACAGCUCUAUACGGACCAGACCGGCGCCAACAUUUCCCGUACGGUGCGUCUCGGCGCCGAGAAAAACGACCGGUUUUACUCGCACGGGAAAUCACUCACGCGCCUGUCCAUUCAGUCGGUGAUCAAGAGCGCCGUUAGGGCCAAGUCGAAACCCUUGCCCUUAAAUCCGCAGAGUGGGCUCUACCUUUUGCUCACAUCUGCUGACGUGUACAUCCAGGAUUUCUGCGGACAAGUGUGUGGCUUCCACUAUUUCACGUUCCCGUCCAUUGUGGGGUACACGCUGCCUUACGCAUGGGUUGGGAACUCGGCGAAGCUGUGCCCGGGUGUGUGCGCGUACCCCUUCGCCGUACCGAAUUAUAUCCCUGGGCUGAAACCGUUGAAGUCACCGAACGGCGACGUAGGGGUGGACGGGAUGAUUAGCGUGAUCGCGCACGAGAUCGCGGAGCUGGCGACGAAUCCUUUGGUGAACGCCUGGUACGCCGGGCAGGAUCCUAGCUUCCCGGUGGAGAUUGCAGACCUGUGCGAGGGGAUAUACGGUACCGGCGGCGGUGGGUCCUACACCGGUCAGCUCUUCAACGGCGAGGAUGGCACUACGUUUAAUAUGAACGGGAUCAGGCGGCGGUUCUUGGUUCAGUGGGUUUGGAACCAUGUGGUUAGCUAUUGUACCGGCCCAAAUGCACUCGAUCAGUAAAAACCUCUCUCCCUCUCUGUCUGUCUUUUCAUUUUUCGUGUAUUUGGGAUUUUUUGCUGUUGAUGUUGGGUUUGUGUUUUGGGAGUGACUAGUUAAGGUAGUUAAGUUUGUUAAUUAUGUAUUAAUAAUAUUGUCGACAGUUGUAUACCGUCUUUGUAUACAAAUUACAUGUGGGUUCUUCCCGCCUCAUUUGAAGCCA